GUUCAGGCGAGCGCACCCUUGGCUCCUGUCUGGCUCAACCAACGGAUGAUGGGGGUUCUGGGCGUCAGGCGCGGCCUGGAGUGGCUGCUGGGCGUCUACUUCCUCUCCCACAUCCCCGUCACCCUGCUCAUAGACCUCCAGGCGUUGCUGCCGCGCGAACUCUACCCGAUCGAGCUGAGAAACCUGCAGCAGUGGUAUGCUAAGGAGUUCAAAGAUCCUCUGCUACAGGAUCCCCCGACGUGGUUUAAGUCCUUCCUGCUUUGUGAGCUUGUUUUUCAGCUGCCUUUCUUUCCCUUUGCAACAUACGCCUUCUUCAAAGGAGGCUGCAAGUGGAUCCGCACCCCUGCAAUCAUCUACUCAGUCCACACGAUGACCACUUUAUUUCCGGUUCUCUCCACGCUGCUAUUUGAGAAUUUCUCCAAAGCCAGUGGUUUCAAAGGAGAAGGACCCAAAACUUUCCAUGAACGACUAACCCUUGUAUCUGUGUAUGUCCCCUACUUUCUCAUCCCUCUCACGCUUCUCCUUUUCAUGUUGCGGAGCCCCCACUAUAAGUAUGAAGAAAAAAGAAAGAAAAAAUGAGGGAAACAGGCCCUGGUCUCAGGGAAAAGAUGCCCAUAAGGCAUAUUCCUAUUAGACCCAGUACGUGGAAAACUGCUCAGAACCCAUGUCUUCAGCAGCAUUUGAAACACAUCAGCAGCAAUGCACAAGAGCACGAUGCUAACAGGAGCCAAGUCAGCCUCGCCUUGCAAGGGCACUGGGAUGAACAGCCCGAUCACUGAGGUUGGCCGGAGGGAGGUGGAUGGGUUGUAGGAAGUGUGCCAAAUACCUCACUGUGUGCCCCAAGUUCCAUUUCAGGAUUGCUAAGAGCAGGACCAGACCAGAGACAGGAUGAACUUCCAAGAAACAUGGCCUACUUAGCAUGGUCGUGAGUCGUUUGACCCACAAUAUACAUGUGACUAAACCCCUGACUCAUGAUUCUCUAUAGCGUGUCACUAGUCAGCAAAAUGAAUAGUGGAAUGUUUCAGGCCAUUUUCAAGUUUGAAAUUAUGCCUCCCUUAUACUCAUUCCAAAAUUAUGUUUUCUUAUUUCCCCUUCCUCCCUCGCCCCAGAAAAAAGAAAACAUUCUGCAAAGCAUGACUUUCUGUCAGAAAUGGGUUGUUUCUGUCUUAUGCAGGUCAACCCAGGAGUAGAGAUUUUUAAAGUCACCUUGUUCAUCUUUCCAAUUCUUAGUCUUCUAUUUUUAAGAGACCUAACCUACUAGUCCCUUUCCUCUGAAGUCAGUUAUCUCAGAUCUGACCUGAAAGUGUGCUUCCUGAUGGUUAGCUCUCUCCUGCCUAGUACAGUUGAAUCAUUCCUUCCAUCUUGUUCUCAGAAGUAGGGGAGGGGCAGCUGGGUACAACCCGUCCGGUGUGUGCAUACAGGGUGGCUGGACAUUCGUGCUUGGUGUUUCAUUAGCUUUCCCUAAAUUUGUACUCAAAGCCAACCCUAAAAAAAAAAAAAAA